CAGUACGCGAGGCACACAAAGAGGGAGGUGGGGAGGAGGUAGGGUGAGUUCGGAAUCGUGAUACUUUUUUCUUGUUUUAUUUAACAAACUUCCAUAAAUAAUUACAAGUAUCCUUUCACGCCGCUUUAAGAUGAAAAACCUUUGAGGGUGCUAAAGAGAGUAAGCACCUUACGGAUGGACAGCAGCUGUGCUGGGCCGCAGCUUGCCGUGACCACGGGAGUCCGCAUCCCUCGCUUGCUGUGUACGUCCCCAGGAGUCGCCAGCACCAUGGUCAGGGGUCCGAGAAAGAGGCCUGCGGAGGCGGGCCGCUUCCUAGGAGUGAGAGAGGGGCGGCUACAGAGCCCGGCGCGCUGAGAGAAUGUCUCCUCGGUACUUUCUUUACUUCGCCGCGCUAAAGAUUUUCCAUUAACUUUCGGAUCUGCUGUUUUUAAAGAGGUGAAAAACAAAGAGGGAGUUGAGAAGAGCGUUAUUCAGGAUCUUCAAAGAUGUCUUCUGAUUCGAUCCUUAUUGCCCAGCAUCAAAGUCUUAGACUCAAGCUCACGCCAUUCCCGGCUGCUGCCGUGCCUGCCGGCAGCCCGGGACUUUCUGCGCCUCAGAGUUGAGCGAUGGGGAACGCAGGAGGGAAACAGAGGACGUCCACGGAACAAGAGGAAGAAUUGCCCCCGGACGUGGAGGAACAACUUAACAGUGGAGAUAAUAUGUUGGACCUCAGCUUUAAAAAGUUAAAGUUCCUGCCCACUAGCCUCUGUAGGUUCUCCCAUUUGGAAAAGCUGUAUAUUAGCAACAACAGGCUGAGGGAAUUGCCACCAGAAUUCCACGAGCUGGAGAACCUGCGCAUCCUGGCCCUGGAUUUCAACAAGCUGGAGGAUGUACCCAGUGUGGUAUGUCACAUGGGGCAUAUCACCCGAUUGUACCUGGGGAGCAAUCGUCUAAUGAGCCUCCCAGCCGAGUUCAGAAAUUUGCAAAACCUGCGCUGUUUGUGGAUGGAGAACAAUUAUUUCCAGAUGUUUCCAAAGCAGCUUUUUGACUUACCAAACCUAAAGUCGUUACAGAUGGGAGACAACCGCCUAAAAACCUUGCCAGAAGACCUCACACGUAUGUCCUCACUGAGGGGUCUAUGGCUAUAUGGGAACCGUUUUGAAGAGUUCCCACGCAUCCUGAUGAAGAUGGAGUAUCUAGAAAUCAUUGACGUUGACCGCAACAAAAUUUCACAGUUUCCCAACCUUAGUCACCUGCAUCAGCUGAAGCUGUUCUCCUAUGAUCACAAUCCAGCUAAAGUCACACCAAAAGUAUGUGACACUUGCAUUCCAGUUGGGAAUGGUGCCGAAGAAGUCUUGGCAGUACGUGCCCAAAUCAAAGAGGAAGCUGAAACAGCUGCUGAUGGAGCUGAAGGAGAUGUUAGACAAGAGUGUGUGCCAGUCAUACAUGGCAUUCUGAAGAAUGGUAAUUCAUUCUCUGGGGCAGCAGAAGAGUCCACCAAAAAUAGUAUAACUGCUUUUGAGGAGCCUGGGGAGGAGGAGGAGGAAGCAGAGGAGGAGGAAGUACUAGAAACAGAAGAGUUAGAAGGAGAAGGAGAAGAAGAAGAAGAAGAUGCACAGCAGUCUUAGCCAGCCACUUCCUCAUCUUCCUACAUACUGAAGGCCCGAACAAAAUGCUCUUUGUAGAAAAAAUGUUUACAUUGUAAAUCUUAGGCACCUGACAAUAUUAAUUUAAAUCAGAGAUGCUGACACAAGUCACUAGACACAUACUUUGCUCAUGGCUAUUUCUGUAUUUUCCUGAUUAUUUUGUCAAGGUGAUGUAGACAUAAUCUUCAUUAGCACAAUGGAGACGGAGCUGAAGUCCUCAGGCCAGGUGGACCACCUAGCAUCUAAUGACAUUCCACUAAGGACGUUCUAAUGCAUCAGUAACUGAAUAAAGAAGGUGUUUGUACUUUAUUGUCCACUUUAUCUCACUGGAAAAUCAUACCAAAAUCAUCCAGUUCCUUGAUUUAAUUUAUUUUCCUUUCUUAUUCAUGUAAACUAAGAUUGGACAUUGUAUGGUAUGUAUUUGCAAAAUUUGUGCACAUAUAAUUACUUUAUUGUGCAUUUUCAGAGUGGACAUAUGUCCAGUGUUGUUUUGGGCCACAGUGAAUGAGUGAUUGUGUUAAAAGAUUAUUAACGUAUGACUACAUGAGUGUUCAGAUCUGUAGUUUUAGUUUUCAGUGCAGAUUCAUAUAAAGUUUUUUAGCAGUGAGUAUUAGUGAAAUUUUAGGUUAUGACUGUCUAUUACCAUAUAUUUUUGAGAUCUGGAGUGUUUUUAUGUUACAUGCCUAUGUCAUUAGAAAGUGCAUAUAUUAUAACCUUUUGUAUAUGUACCUUGUUAGAAUGAUUGGAUUUGUAAGCGUGUGUGUGCAUAUUCCUAUGUGCAUGUUUUAAGAGAUAUGCGUUUACUAACUAAAUUGAAUGUUUCAUAUUUAGCCCAAACAGAAAUUUUAAGGUCUCUUAUCUAGUUACCAAAGUGCUGCUGAACAGCAAAGUGGGUGGCUUUUUGUGCUCCAGAAAAUUUUACAGACUUUUUCACAAUCGGGUUUUGCCUGAUAUGUGGCUCAAACCUCAUGUUGCCUUUCUUCUUAGAACCUCUGCACUGUGAAUAUUUCUAAAUUAGUAGCCAAGACUUGCUUCAUAAUUUUAAUAAUGCUUUAAACUUUUGUGAACACUGAAGAAAACUAAGUUUUACUUGCUAUCUGUCUACUUACAGAUUGUUGAUUCACUGCAGAGUGUAGGCCUUUCAGGUUUCACUGUCCUUACUUGCUAUGAGAAGAAAAUCUAUCUUUAGUUUCUUGUUAAGUUGCUGUCGUGGGUUUUCUAUACACAAAACUGUUCAGAACUUGACAUUUUCUUGGUCUAUUGUCUCACUAAGCUAUUUUGGAUUCCCCCACAAGGAAAAGAAAUUGUAGAAAAUGUGAAGACCUCUCAAUUGCAGCAGACUGUUGAAUCAAUUUUAAAACUAACACAAAGCAGCCAAACACAGAAUAGCAGUUGGAGGAAGGUAUUUUUCUCAGGAGCUGAGACAGGAUUUCGAUAGGUUUUUUUUUUUUUUCCUUUUUUUUUUAGGCCAGGUUUUAAAAGAAUGACCAUCUUUAAGAAAUGCAUCACAAUGAAAUAUUUACAUUGUUUUUGUGCCUUGAGUAAGCUUAUUCUGGCAGUUCUCAUUCUUAUGUUAAUUUCCAUUGAGACAAUUUUAGUUUGUGUUCAUAUAAAUACUAAUGUUUAAACGUGUAUAAAUUUAAAGACUGCUCACACUUUUCUGUACACAAGGAAUCCUGUAGAAUGCAAAAAAAGUUUUGAAUGCAAGGGUAAGAAUUUAAUCAGUGGUAGCAUAAAAUAUGGUUAACUACCAUCAAUCCUAAGGCCUCUGCAUAGAUGAUAGCUGGUAAAUGCACCACCAGUUUUUUGGGGCAAGAUGGUGGUUAAUAAGAAGUACUUUUAGUCAGAUAUCCCCAUGCUUGAAUCAUGACAAUGACUCAGUCUUGUAACCUGGCUGUUUCUUUCAUUACUGUAGUUAAAACAAAUAAGGGUGUGAUCUAGUUCUCAAUAUUCUGUUUAACUUGUUGAUUGAGAAUUACUGUUAUGAAAUUAAAGCAGCUUUAGUCAGGGAACAUAUCACUUCACAUUAGUCAAAUCUUUGCAGAGUGGGUAUGAGUGUUUUUGUAUUCCGACUCAGACAUCCCAAUUCUGUGCUCAGGGUGGCAAUGUAUAUUUAAGCCACAGCUUUUAAAUAGCACUGAUGGACUCCAAAAGUGCCGUGCUGGUUAAUGCACAAGUGAUUUAAUGUAAUGGUGUGUCUUGAGGUACAGUAGUUGCCUGCUUGUGUGUUAAUGAACAAUGUUUAAAAAACCUCAAAAAGAACAAUUUAGCACCUGUAUAUUAAUAUAUGUUGAAAUUAUUAUUCUCUCAUUGAGGGCUGCAAUAACAUAGUAAUUUCUAACAAGUGUGAAGUUCUGUUAAUUUGUACUUUAAGAGGAAUAUUUUUAAGACACUGAAUUGCAUCACUGUCACAUGUUGUAUAAUAUUUAGAUUCACUCCUGCUUUUUCUAUAGGAGUGAAGUAGUUCUAAAUAAAAAUAAGAAAAAAAAGUAAUAUGUAUUUUUUUAAAUAGCCAUUGUUGCUUUGUGUUUACAUGUAAAAUGUGCCUGGACAUUUCUGAGAUGGGGGUUAAGGACUGGGUAAAAUGCCUUCAGAUAGAGAGCGAGUCACAGAUGCAGUCAGAAGGCUUCUUUUCCUUAAAAGGGCAGGCAGCAAGAAAACUGCAGCCGUUUUGAAAGAGAGAAAGAAUCUUGCCAGGAAUAUAGAAAUGCAGAAACAGAUAAAAUGAUAAACAAUGGAAGUAAAAAGAUGAUAAG